ACUCACGGCGCAUGAGCCACAUGGUCCAGAGUCCAGGCAGACAAAAACAACCCAGAUUCCCCCUUCGCAGCUGAGCUACUGGCAAGAGGGCCUCUGUUCCCUACAGAUCCACACAACACCCUCAAAAUGGAGUACAUAAACGCCCUGGUGCCAUCGACAUUGUUAAAGUCGGUGUCGAGUGCGAGCUCAGAACUCACCCGGCGUGUCUGGGCUCCGAGCCCCCCAACCCAGAGGCCAUUCCGGGUCUGUGACCACAAGCACAACAUCCGCAAAGGUCUGACUGCGGGGACCUUGCAGGAGCUGUUGGUCAAGGCAAGGGAGACCCUGCUGAUCUCGGGCAUCGUUUCCUUGGUGCUGGAAGAAGAUGGCACCGUUGUGGACACAGAGGAAUUCUUUGACGUCCUAGAUGAUAACACGGCCUUGAUGGUGCUGGAGAAAGGGCAGAAAUGGAGCCACGCCAGGGGCAGCAGCCGGUCGUAUGCGCUCAGCGGGGAGAAACCGAGGAACAGCCGUGACAUUGCCCGCAUCACCUUUGACGUCUACAAGCUCAACCCCCGCGACCUCUUUGGCAGCCUGAACAUCUCGGCCACUUUCUACGGACUCUACUCCAUGAGCUGCGACUUCAAGUGUCUGGGGCCCAAGAAGGUGCUAAGGGAGAUCUUGCGUGUGGCAUCCUCCGUCAUGCAAGGCAUCGGGCACAUUCUUCUUGGGGCAUCCCACUACAUCCGCCGGCUCCUGGAUGGGGGCGAGAACUGGCACUCGCAUGCCCGCGUGAGCUACGAACGCUGAAGGCUGCCACCCUCCUCCUCCUCCCUCUCCUGAGACAAGAUUCCUUCCCGGCACCCGCUCUUUCGGCUCCAAAGAAAUCCCAGAUCUCUGUUUUGGUUGGGGGUGAUAAUUAAAAAGGGUACAGUGGUACCUUGGUUCUCAAACUUAAUCCGUUCC